AUGGCUGACAGGAACAGCAGUAGAGUGAGGGAGUUUGUGUUCAUGGGAUUCAGUGAUCAUCCAGAGAUGGCUGCCAUUUUGUUUGCAUUGUUUCUAGUCAAUUAUCUCAUCACAAUUUUGGGGAAUCUUGGGAUUCUUAUUUUAAUCAGAGUUGAUGCUUCCCUUCACACACCCAUGUAUUUCUUCCUUAGUAAUUUGUCCUUCUUAGACAUUUGCUAUUCAACCACCAUCAGUCCCAGGCUGCUGACAGACCUUUUAAUGGAAAAGAAAGUGAUUACUUUCAAUGAGUGUAUAAUUCAAUUCUAUUUCUAUAUAACUUUUGCCACCACUGAGUGUUACCUCCUGGCUGCCAUGGCAUACGAUCGGUACAUGGCCAUCUGCAGUCCACUCACCUACACAAUCACCAUGUCUCACAAAGCUUGCGUUUGUCUGGUGGCUGGUUCAUACAUUGCAGGAUCAGUCAAUUCUAUGAUACACACAGGAUGUUUGACUCGUUUAUCCUUUUGUGGUCCUAAUGUCAUUGAUCAUUUUUUUUGUGAAGGUCCUCCACUCUUUCAACUUUCCUGUUCUGAUACAAGUGUAAAUUUGUAUAUGGCUGACAGGAACAGCAGUAGAGUGAAGGUGUUUGUGCUGAUGGGAUUCAGUGAUCGUCCAGAGAUGGCUGCCAUUUUGUUUGCAUUGUUUCUAGUCAAUUAUCUCAUCACAAUUGUGGGGAAUCUUGGGAUUCUUAUGUUAAUCAGGGUUGAUGCUCGACUUCACACUCCCAUGUAUUUCUUCCUUAGCAAUUUGUCCUUCUUAGACAUUUGCUAUUCAACCACCAUCAGUCCCAGGCUGCUGACAGACCUUUUAAUGGAAAAGAAAGUGAUUACUUUCAAUGAGUGUCUAGUUCAAUUCUAUUUCUAUAUAACUUUUGCCACCACUGAGUGCUACCUCCUGGCUGCUAUGGCAUACGAUCGGUACAUGGCCAUCUGCAGUCCACUCACCUACACAAUCACCAUGUCUCACAAAGCUUGCGUUUCUCUGGUGGCUGGUUCAUACAUUGCUGGAUCAGUCAAUUCUAUGAUACACACAGGAUGUUUGACUCGUUUAUCCUUUUGUGGUCCUAAUGUCAUUGAUCAUUUUUUUUGUGAAGGUCCUCCACUCUUUCAACUUUCAUGUUCUGAUACUAGCAUCAAUUUGUAUGUGAUGUUUGCUUUUGCUGGCUUUAACCUGGUAAGCACCCAUUUGACAGUCCUUAUCUCUUACACUUAUAUCUUUGUCACUAUUUUGAGAAUUCGCUCAGCUGAGGGCAGGCACAAAGCCUUCUCCACCUGCUCCUCUCACCUGCUGGCUGUCAUAAUCCUUUAUGGAAGCUUGAUCUUUAUCUACCUCCAACCUAAUACAUCAACAAAUGGAGGCAAAGUGACCUCUUUGUUGUACGCAGUGGUAAUACCCAUGCUAAACCCUCUCAUCUACAGCUUGAGGAACAAGGAUGUCAAGAGUGCUUUGACACGGGUGCUGGAGAAGCAUAUUGCCUAA